AUGAUCCAAAAGUGAUAUCCGGUAACAAACUUGGCGCUUUGAGUUUGAGUUCAAGGGGGGAUUUGAAGAUGGAAAACUUCAUCCUGUAUGAGGAAAUUGGAACAGGACCCAAGUCAGUGGUUUAUAAGGGGAGGAGGAAAGGAAGCAUCAAUUUUGUUGCAAUUAUUUGCAGUGACAAGUCAAAAAGACAUGAAAUUACUAACCGCGUACGGCUAACUCAUGACAUUAAACAUGAGAAUGUGGUAACCUUCUAUGAGUGGUAUGAAACCAGCAACCAUCUUUGGCUUGUAGUGGAACUGUGCACAGGGGGUUCACUGGAGUCAGUCAUCACCCAGGAUGAGUGCCUGUCAGAAGAUGUAGUGAGGGAAUUUGCCAUCGAUCUGGUCAAAGGCUUGAGAUACAUCCAUGAUGCUGGUAUCGUGUUCUCUGACCUCACUCCCUCCAAGAUCUUGUUGGAUGGCCCUGGCACUUUGAAGUACUCUAACUUCUGCCUGUCUAAAGCUGAGGGGGAGAAUCUGGAGGAGUUUUUUGCUUUAGUCACAGCAGAGGAAACCGGUGGAGGGGAUGGCAAAGAAAACACAUCAAGAAGAAAUAUCAAGAGCAGAAUCCAAGGGUCUCCAAUAUACUGUGCACCAGAGGUGGUCAAGGGGGACCACAGUAUCAGUAGUGAUCUGUGGGCCCUGGGCUGUAUAUUCUAUGAGAUGUUUUCAGGAAAACCACCAUUCUUCUCCGAGACGUUUUCUGAGUUGAUUGAGCUGAUAUUACUUCAGGAUCCUCAAUCUCCAAGGCAAACGGGGGCUUCUUCCUGCAAGCCUACACAAGAGUUCCAAAGCCUGCUUAAAGGUUUGCUUCAGAAAGACCCUCAGAAGAGGAUAAACUGGACUCAGUUACUGGUCCACCCAUUCUGGAGAGGAGUGUUCUCUGAGGUCCACACCAGCGAGGAGGAGGAGGAGGAGGAAGAAGAAGAUGUCUCAUUCAGCUCCAGUGUGGGGAGGAGUGGUGUCUGUGCCUCUAGCCAGUCAUCAGCAGUGACACCUGUCUCAGUGACCUCCCAGGGACCAGGAGGGGGAUACAGAGGGGUACAGGGAGGGGCCGCAGGGGCAGAGGAGCCCGUCCGCAUGCACCCCAACAAAUCAUUCCGAUUAGACAAAAUGACAGAGCUUAGACCAAAGAGUGCACUGGACAAAGAUACCAGGGAGUCCAUAUUCCUCCUCAGCUCUCGUCCAACUCCAAGAAUGAGUUGCACUGCAAGAGAUCCACCCAACAGGACACCAUUACCUCAAGACAGUGUGGUGGCCAGUGGUCUGAAGGACAUCAGUUACUGUAUAAAGGACCUGGUGUACACUGACUCUGACCUGGCAGUCACACCUAUUAUGGACAACCCAAAGAUUCUGAAGACCGCUCCAGUGCGAUAUGACCUGAAGACUUUGUGUGUCCGAGCAUACUCAGUGGAGAAGCUGUCCUGUCUGAGCUCUGAGGACUGGAGGGUGUUUCUGCAGCAGCUGUGCUCUUCUCUGGAGGCCCAGGCUGAUAAGACGACGGCGGCGGUCCGCUCUAAACUCAACCUCCUCUGCUAUCUGUGUACCAUAGCUGCCCACAAGGACACAGCUACCAGGCUCAUCAACUCCGAGCUGUUCCCUGUGUUGACCCAGCAGCUGCGUCUAGCACCUAACUGGGAUGUGAAGUUUAAGGUGAUGCGGGUGCUGGGGCUGCUGGCAUCCCACUGCACUGAGCUCAGAGAGGAGACCCCCGUCACUGAGGCUGUUGUCAUGUUCACGGAGCUGAUCAGGGAGAACUUCAGGAACAGCAAACUGAAGCAGUGCCUGCUGCCGCCACUGGGGGAGCUGCUCUACCUCAUCGCCACACAGGAGGAGAAGAAAGAGAACCCAGGAGAGCUGUGGGUUGUUCCUGCUGCCGCCUACACGGUGUUAAUGAGGUGCCUUCGGGAAGGGGAGGAGCUGGUUGUGAACCACAUGGUGUGUAAGAUGGUGGAGAACGUGUGUACCCCGGUGUCUCACUACGCCCAGGGCUUCAUCACCGGGGAGAUAGGCCCCAUGCUCUGGUACCUGUUCACACACUCCAGUGUCGACUCACUACGCGUCAGCGCCAUCUCAGCCCUGUGCAGAAUCACCCGCCUCUCAGCCAGUGCCUUCCACAGUGUGAUUGACAAGGUGGGGCUGCCAGCCGUCUUAGCCAGCCUGGUGUCGGGGAUCAGCCGUGUCCAGCAGCACAUACUCACCAUGUUCUCUGCCAUGCUGGCGUCAGGGGCCCACGCCCAGCUACACAGACUAGUCCAGGAGCGGGACUUUGUGGUGAAGAUAAUGCGUUCACUGGAGAGCCCGUCCUCUGUCAUCAGAGCCAAGGCCUUCCUGGUUCUCCUUCAGGUCCUCUGCAGCAACAGGGACAUGCUGCUACUCUGCUGCAACUCUAGACUGGUGAUGUACAUUGAAAGAGACAUCAGGCAGGCCACGCCAGGGAAGGAGCUACAAAGCAGCAAUGAAUACCUGUCAAAAUGCCUCCAUCUGCUCAUCCGUCACGUCGUGCUGCAGCUGCCAGCCAUUCUGGAUGACAUGCUGUCCGCGCUGGGCAGUAUAGUGGGCAGGAAGCAUCCCUCCACUGUUCAGGCCAAGCAGCUGAAACAGAGUGUACCUAUGAUGACUGUGGUGCUCCACCUCCUCACCUCUCAGAUAUUCAGGCCACAGGUUGUGACUGAGGAGUUUCUCUUCAAAUUUGGAGCACUGCUGAGUCACAUAACAUCUAUUGAUGCCAGUGAGACCAGUUUGGGCAGUGCAAUAGGACAAGCAGGUUCAGAGGAGCUGAUCAGGAACACUCUGUCAGCUGUGGAGGCCAUCACCCAGCACCCAGCCCUGCUGACGCCCCAUCACUGUCCUGUUGUUGAUUGCAUUCUUCCUCCACUGACUUCUCUUGCCUUCAGUAUAAAUGUGGAGUGGCGUAUCGUCAGCUUGCGUGUUCUGUCAGAGAUCACACUGCUGCUGCUGAGCCAAGAGGCCGUGGAGGAGGGAGAGAGGAGAGAGAGAGAGUGCAACUCUUCAACUGGCAGACUACUGACUCUUAUUACAGAAGCCCUUCUUCCACAGUAUGAAUCUCUCCUGUUGGAGCCAGACCCAAUCCCAGUCUACGCUCUCAAGCUGCUGGUGGCCCUCACAGAACACAGCAGCCCCGUCAACAGCCUGGUCAGAGACAGCAGGAUCCUACCUGUUGUCUUUCAAGUCAUGGCGGAGCACCAGGACAACAUCCUGGGUGGAACCAUGCAGAAGGCCAUGGCUCUCCUCAGCAACCUGACUGGACAGAAAGACGUGGAUCUACAACCCUUCUACCAACAAGGUACG